CACUCGCCACCACACAUACGAACUUGUCCAUUUUCUCUUAAGUAGUUAGUGAAUUGAUGACUUCUGCUCAUCUUAACCCUGGUAAAAGGUUCACGUCAAUCUGCCUAUCAUCUAUUUUAAAAUUGAAACUUUCCUUGAGUAACCAAUUUCAAUUCCUGCUGAAUUUUUCUUCUUUCGCGAUGCAAAAUCUACAGGCGGAGUUUGGAGAAUCCGAUGUAAUCCCAGUUAACCCUCAGUUCAAAAUCUAAUCGUUUUGCCCCGAUUUGGAAUAAAAAGGGUUCUUGAAAAGGUACGAAUGGAACCUUCUUUGUAUUUAUAGCAAAUGAUAGAUUGGGUCAAGUAACGUUUCAACAAUUUCUUGAAUUCCCUUAAUUUCAGAAUUUUUACAUGAAUAUACAUACGCCUAAAAAGCUUCAAACUCUAUCAGGAAAAGUUACACAUACUGUAAUGUUAACCGAUCAGCGUGGAUUAAGCUUUUUUAUGGAAUUACCAGACGACAUAUUUGUCGUAGUCAGCAGAUCCCUCUCUCCGAGGGACGUGAUUAAUCUUGGUCUCUGCUGUCGACGCCUUCACUCUGUAGUGGCCUCCGAUAAGGUGUGGCUUGCACAAUGCACUAAAUUGGGGUUAUUUCCUUACAAGGACCUAAUUGAAUGGCGAAGGGGCAUUUGCUCGUAUAAGGCGCUUUGCCAGUUCCUAAUGAAUAUUCUGCCGUUGCUGGGGAUUUGGGUUCACCAAAACCCCGAGCUUGGCAAUGUAGUUUAUGUUAUGCCUGGUUUCUUAUCGAUUGUUGGGUGCCGGAUUAUCCCCCAAGAGGUGGGUCCUUCAGGCCUCAAAGAUGGUCCUAUAUUAUGGGCGACUGUAUUUGAAAUUCUUUGCAACUAUGAGGGCUCCACUGCAUUCUUUUUACACGGGAGGGAGAGUGGAAAAGAUUAUGUAUAUCCUGGUUUGCUAAAAGCAGUUGAUAGGACUUGCAACGUGCUUCUGCUUGAGGCUGAGCCUGGGCAUCAGAGAAAUGGAGGUAAAUUGGUUCAUAGUAAGAACUUUGCCCAUCUAGUAGAAAAGGACGAAUCACGAAAGAUAUCUAGGUCAGAUGGUGAGAUUUCUAAAUCACAGAGAAUGGCUGGACAGAAAGGGAUGGUAGUUCCCUUUAGUCGGCUUGGAUUUGGAGAUAGGAGAAGGCUACUUGACAUUAUUACCAGCCAAAUUCGUCUUCAGGUCCCUGAUGCAUCAAAUGCUUUAUUGUUUCCUCCCUUGAGAAAUGACGAGGUUGAUUUGCAUAAGGAUCUAGCAUUCUUAUAUGAAAGGAGGUUAUUGCUUUUUCAAAUGUAUAAGGGUGGUGUUGGGCACAAUGAUUUGAAGACUGAAUCAAAUUUAGAUCCUACCCAAUUAGGUUCAAGCGAGGUCAGAAAGAGUCUUGAAUAUACUUCUGGUUAUCUUACUUCACAGACAAGAGAUGGGACUCUGAAGAAGAAGACGAUUUCUGGAUUUAUCAAGGGCGGUAUCAAACAGAUGCUUGGGAAAUCAAGCUCAGCGAAUGGUACCAACUGUGAGAGUAAGCACGCACAGCUUCAUGAGUUUCUACGCCCGGGUGAUACUAUAGGAUUGACUUUACGUGCUACAACCAUGAAGUUAUCUUCUUAUAAGGCAUGGCCAAAUAUGCAUGAUAAUCGAUUUGCCCUCUACAAGUUGCCUAUACAGGUUCCAAGGUCAGACCAUGAGUAUGCUGGUUUAUGGGGAGGCACUUUUGGUUGGCCUCCAGGUAGGCCUUCUGAAGACAAGCCUGGAAAGGCUCUAUUCUUUCUGUUGCUCUCUUAUGAAGAGUCUGAUGGGCAGCAGGAACUAAUUGCUACCAAGAUUUUAGAAGGUACAUCCUAUGUGUUGCAUCCAAAUGGCUCAGCAAUGUUUAAAGUUAAUACUGCUCAGCCUUCAUCAGAAAUAUUCCCUUGGGAUACUGAUGAAGAUUCCAAUCCAGUUAAUGUUAAGUGGGCUUUUAUGGGGGAAGGUAUAGCACAUGGGUAUGGAUUCAGAUAUCCUGGUUCGAAACCUGGUUCACUCUUUGUAAUUCACGACGAAUUGCUUGCUUUUAUAUGGAAAGAGUCCAGGGCUGUUUUGACCUUGCAGAGGCUCAACUUGCAAGAACUUUUGAAGAAGGGUGAAAGGGUGCCAUCUUUAUCCCCAGUUCCCAACUUCUCUUAUCUAACCAAGACAUACUCAAAUGUCUUCUCUGGUCUCUCAAAUUCGUCAAACAAUUUAUCUCUACCAGGGUAUGCAUUUUUCUGAAAAUGAAGUUGUCAAGCUAGAAGAAGCCAAAUACUUUAUAGUGAGAAGAAAGCUCUAUUGUGGUGAUGGAAGAACCGUUAUUUCAUUCCUCCAGAUCAGGACUUUGGAGUGCAGGUGGUCUCCAAUGGAGUGAGAAUUUAGCUUUAAAAAAUAUGAAUGCUUAUCCAUGUGAUUUAAGGUUGUAAAAAAAUUGUCAGUUAUGUGAAUAAUUGCCCACGAUAAAGUGGGACGAAAAAAGAGGAAUUAGAAGUCCUAAACUUGAUGGCUUUAUCUGAGGAUCAUGCAUUUCAUGAAAUUUAUAAAAGAACUAUUUGUGGAUAAUCACCUACGAAGAAGGUGAGAAAAAGAGGAUAUGGAAGUCCUUUAGUUAAUGGCUUUGUCAGUA